AUGUCUCGCGUCCAGCAGUACUGGCUUCCGGGUUACGGACUAUCUCGACAUGUCGUCCUGGGACGCAUCCAUGAAUUCCUAGGUCCUUCUGCGACACAACGAGAAGGUUAUAUGAUCGUCGGUGUGCCUCUUACGCGAGAGCAAAUCAAUGACCUCACUGCAAUGUCUCGAGAGUACGAGAAGCAAGAAGCCACCCGGAUGACCCACAACAACAGUAACACCUCAACACCUAGUACCAGCAGUGAUUACUCGUCCCACCAGUCCUCAAAUGAGCCAUAUAUCAACGAAAUCAUCCCAAUCAACACGUCCGGACCACGGCGACGUACAGAGCCCGAAUCAAGAGGCGGCCGUUGA